AUGGAGAAGAAGAAAAAGAGAAACGUCGUGAAGGAGAAAAGAGACCAAGGAGAAGGAGAAGAACAACAACAACAACGUCGACCAACGACGACAAAACACUUCGAGAUCAUAGAAGAAGAACUCUCGGUGGCGGUGGAGAAGAAGAAGAAGAGAAACGGCUCACACCUCAAAGAUGACGACCACUUCGUCAACGACCCAAGUCCUUGUCUUUACAGUUUCCCUUCUGUUGGUCGCUUUCCAAGCAGUCCAUGCAGACUAUUACCUUCCAAGGCCACCAGUUAUACCCCUAGCCCCUACUUCCCUAGGCCACGGUUCCCACUUCCGAGCCCGAGCCCAAGCCCCAAGCCUGUUUAUCGGCCUCCUACUACACCGGUUCUACAUGCUGGCUCAAUCGCUAGACUGUUCCUUGACCCACAUAACGCGCUUUGGUCCAGGCUAGGUAUUCACUAUUAG